GCUGAAGAUGAAAGUAUACGACACCUAUGUGCUGAAUGAGGAACAGGAAAGAAACCACCUCGUGGAAAUUCCUGGGAGACAGUUUCAGUCAAUUGACUCAGAGAGAACCUCUGAGAGACUUAAGGGAAGAAUAGUUGAAUACCCUGGGGUCAACGAGUCCGACAUCGUCUACGUAUUUACGAGAAAGCUCCUCAGCAAGGAAGGUUCUAAACAGACUAGUUGGGACUGGUACGAAGAUAAAACAGGACCCUGUGGAGGACGUUUGCUGCCCAACAUCUACUACGACCCUCCCUUUUCCUACCUAGCUGUUACACAUUGUAUGUGGUCCAACACCCUGGUCAGGAUAGUGAACACGAGUGAAUGCGAUGACAUGCAUCUUGAUCAAUGCUACCAACAUCUCAUCCCUGCAUAUAAGGACGACUUGAAUAGAAGUCUAUGCUACACAACGACAGACACGCAAAAUGCGCCUACAUUUUCAGGAGUAGUAGGAUUCAACGUAGAUAAUUUCUGUAAGGCGAGCGCUCUUAUAGAUGGACUAACAGCGGGCAAAGGCUCUACAGUGAGCAAAUCGUGUACCACGCCGUGUGGGGUUUCGGGACACUCGUAUGGCACCAACUUCCUUGGUCCAUGCAAGGCUCCGCAGACUUCCGGACAAGCAUGCUUCGACGACGACGAUGCGCUGUGCUUCUUGAAGAAAUGUGAAAAGAAAUACAGCGAGAUAAAAGCGCUGUCCCGUCGUAACUGGAACCUACCAGACAGCCAUUACGACGAAAUGGAUGCCUGUGCUAAAUAUCCAUGACAUGACGUUCAUCUGCUCCAGAUUACCUGGUCGUGUCGUGCUUGGUACUUCGAUUCGACUAAGUGGCUGCUGCCGCUGUCUUGUGUUCAAUAUUGCUGUUCAAUAUGUCACUCUAUAACAGAUUGAUGCUCAUUUGCCACUUGUGCGAUAAUUGUUCAAACUGUGCUACAAGAGCUAUAACGUGAGGUUGCGUAAAGUUGGAGGCAACUCAAAACGCGGCUGAUUCUUGGAUGGUUAUCCUACAUCACGCGCUCUGAGUGCCGUCAAACUACUUUGCAAGUGUAGGUUAUCCGGAUGGUUUUAAAUUUGGUUUGCGAAUGUCAAGGCGAACGACAGGACAGAGAUAACCAUGACACAUUACGCGUUUUAAAUACGCAAUAACACUUGUCACUUGUACACCUGGUUCGGUUGGGUUAGGUUAAAGGGAGACUCCGCAAGGAUUUUUUUUUUUUUUGUAAAGGUGAGCAUCACACCGAACACGGAGCACUUCUCGAUGCCGAAUACAACAAACUAAUGCUUUUUGCGCUGGUAGUUAAUUCGUAAAUGAUGACAAUGACAAUGAUGAUGACCGAAAUGCGAAGAGCAAAAGAAAAAAAAACAAAAGUUCCGUACUAGGGUGUUUCGUCCGGAGCAGGAUACUAUGACGUCACCCACCAGCAUUAUCGUCCGCUUGGAAACCUGUGUUCUCCUCGGAUGACGUCAGCAGUAAGGUGGACUAGUGUUAGUGGUCUAUGCGAAGCAUUGCAGGCGUGUACCCCUCGAUUCAAGCCGGGCACGUGAUCUUUGACAAAAUGCGAUUGCCGCACACAAAGCGUUUUUUUUUUUUUCGAACUACGACGACCUCAGUAUUCCAGUGUGUGGCUAUUUUCAGUGCAGAAGUUUUUUUUUUUUUUUUUCAAAGCAGCUUGCUUGUGCAGCUCACAAAGCAGUUAUUUCAUGUGACCGUGUCAGCAGACUCAACGUGCUAGAUCGCAGUUUUAAUAGUGGAAUAGUUUUGCGCCCUGAUAACAGGUACCCUUCACAAGCUUAUUGAGUGGUUCAUUGCACUUUUGCACUUUGUUUUUUCUUCCCCUGAGCUUUUUGCUUCGUCAUGGAGGACAAAACGUGUAAGUGUCCCACUUUCCUACGUCCAUGCAUAGAUUAUGAACCGUGCACUUAUUUAUUGAGACUAUUUGUGUCAGAGAGUCGAACCCAAUCUGAAACGAACACUGUUACUAACAGUCACUCACCCUGACGGGUGGACAUCACGUUCCACGUGACCUUCCGACGCCACUCGCUCAAACGUCGCCCACCUACGCAUUGCUGAUGAAGGCCCAAUAAGGCCGAAACAGCUGUCCAAUGCUGGUGUGGCGACGUUUGGGACUUAUAAACAUAUGUUCA